UGAUACUGUACCUCAAGCGGUGAUAGACAUGAACAAAGCACUGGAGGUCUCGGAUGGAGAGAAUGUUACAGGAAACCAGUUUUCCAUUGCUAUCGCAACCCCUGACAAAGUUCAUUUCAUCAAAGGAACCAGCAAAGAAGAGAGAAAUUGGUGGUUUGACAUUCUGUCACGUUUUCCAUCAAAUACAAUAAGGGGUAGAAACAAAAGGUUUGCAACGAUCCCUGGUGGCAAAGCUACAGUAACAGAUGUUGGAAAUCAGGUUGGCAAAAAAUCUGAUAUCUCUAGUGAUCUCAUCAGAAGUGCCUCCACUCGUGAGAGAUUCAAUACUUUCAGCUCCAAAUUUCCAUCACAACCCAAACCAGAACCUUCUUGGGAACAACUUAAGAAGGCAGGAACAGAAGAUGUUUUUUCAACUAAAGAGAGUGAUAAACUUAUUCUUAAAAAUAAUUUACCUUCUACGCCCAUUAAAAAAGCCUCUGUGAUUAAUAACAAGAUGGAAAGUGACAAUGCUAGUGAAUGGAAGCACAUAGAAAGUAAAAACCUGAGAAAUAUUCUAAGUAAUAGUGGAAGUAUUAGCUAUCCUUCUUCUGUUGAGAAAGACACAAAAACAAAGAAAAGUUUGCAAGUGGAGGAAACUCCAAAUCCAGACAAAGAUAAACCAGAUGAAAAUACAGAUAAGGGGAAAAUUGGUGUAAGACGUUACUUGAAGAGAGAUGGACGUAGCAUAAGAAGUCAGCGUAGCCGGUCUGAUGGAGUUGCUAAGAUGAUACCAUCUCCAGUAACCAGGGAUACAGAUAGGAAGAAACACCAGAAUUCCUUUCAUUUACACACCGAGAAAAGUAUUUUAGCAUGUACUAGUGAACAAGAAACAAUUAAUCAACGAAUUCCACUUGAUAAAGACUGUCAAGAACAGUCUGAGUGUGACAAUCAGGGACUUCAGCAGUCAGAAUCACACACUAGCUUUUCUCCCACAAAAUGGCAGAAUCAGGACAAGGUACGUGGUGAUCCAGAUGGAUGCGGAUUAGACUUUUCUCACUCAGGACCCCUGAUUCAUUCAGAGUCCACACCUGUGGACUUGUUUCUUAAGAAAGGCUGGUUACUGAGACAAGGUCAUAAUGAAUGGUAUAAACACUGGUUUGUUCUUCGCAACUCCUCUUUGACAUUUUACCUCAACCCUAGUGCAGAAGAGUCAAAAAAUAUGGAUGGUAUUUUAGAUUUACAGUUGGUGAAAGGAGUGGAGGAAAUGGAAACGGAUAAAGACCACGCAUUUUGUAUUACAACUACUGAUAACAAAAAAUAUGUAUUUGCUGCCAUCACUGCUGGGAUUCGAAACAACUGGAUCCAGGCUAUUGAUGGCGCUGCAAAAUGUGUCAUACCAGAAAUGCAAAAGAAGGGUCGUACAGAGGGAGUAACUGAUAUUGCUUCCAGGAGCAAACUUGGUGUAAUUAGCCCUGUGCGUGAUCAUGAUCCAGUCAAACUAUUGGAUGUUUCUUCUAGUGAUGACCCUUCAGAAUAUUUUUCUUUUGUGGAUGAAGAAGAACUGACUGAACAACUAGUUUCGCCACGAACGUUGCCUCCAUCUCCACCUCUGAAUAGAACUGCCAUUUCAAAAGUCAAAGAAAAGGCUCGAUCAUGUUCGUCAUCAAGGUAUAGAGCUGGUAAGCAGCUACGAUCAUCUGCAGCCACAGAUAGUGAACAAAAUACAUGUGGUAUGGAGGUUGACCAACAGAGUGAUGGCGGAAUAAGUGACAGGUCUAGUUCAAGUGUACAUGGAAAAGAUUCACCAUACUGGGAAGGAAGACUCUCAUACAGAGAACGCAUGAAUAAAGUUCUGGACGAUGGAAAUAACAAUUUUGAUAACAAAUGUGUUGCGAGAUUAGCUAGUCCAACACCAUCUCUGAAAAACUGCUGUUACUCUAAAGAAACAAAAGAUGAAGACUUGGCACCUAAGUCUUUGAAUGUAAAUGAUAGUAAAGAAGAGCUUUUGGAAAAAAAACAUCGGUUACCUGAAGAACUGAAAUCCAUAAAGAAUAGUAAAGAGCAUCAACAGAAGAUGUCUACAGGAAAUUCCAAAGACAUUUCUGAUAAAAACCCUGAAGAUAAAUUAGAAGGAAAACAUCAAAAACAAAGUGAAAGUGGAGAAAAUCCAUACAAAUCAAAAUAUGAAUCUUUAAAGCUCAAGUACAAGAAAGACAGAGCAGAGUGGGAAGCAAAACUAUUUAGAAAGUUAUCCAUUCCUUCCAAGUUAGGGAAAGCAGAAGAAUUACAAGGGGCUAUCCAAAACUGUAAAAAUCAGUUGAUGAAUGUUAAGUGUAAUCUCGAGAAAUCUCCCGAAAAGAGGGAGGAGAGCUUGGUCUGUUGGAAGGAAGUUUCUAAGCUGUAUGAGGAACUAGAGAAGUUACUUGGAAUCAGUGAAAGAAGAUCUAAGAAAGAUAAUGAAAUUUCUAAAUUAAAGAAUUUGAAAGCUGAACUUCAAGGAGUUUGUGAUGAUCGACAGAAAGAAAUUGAAAGACUCAAAAUUGAGCUGGAUAUUCGUAAGACUGAUAUUAUAGAUUUGGAGAAAGAGCUGAGAAAAGUACAUGCUGAGCUAGAAAAAUUAAAGGACCAAACUGACCUGCAAGGCCAUGUUAGAAAUUUAGAGACCAUGCUAAAAAACUCUAUUUGUAAUUCUGAUGGAGCAACUACUAAACAACCAGAUUCUUUCUUACUAAUGGAGAACUCAGAACUCCAAGUUAAACUUGAAACAGUAAAUGAAGUGGUAAAGAGUCUCAAAAGGAAAUUAAACGAAGCAGACCAAAAUUUUGAUGGCCUUGAAAUCAACUACUUCAAAUUGCAGCAAGAUAUAAAGAGGAUGCAAGAAGAUCAUUCCUCUCAGUUAGCUCUGAUGACUGCACGGGUGGAUGAUUUAACAUCGAAACUCACAGUAUCUGAAAGAAAUUUCCGCCAGACAAAGCAGAAGCUUGCAAGAAAUGAAUCCAGACAAGAAAGGCGAAAAAGUUCACUUCGUGGAAAAGAAGGUUUGAACUUAUCCAAGGAGUUUGAAAGAAAAAUAGUAGAUCUUGAAGAGAAAUUAGGAUUCAUUGUAUAUUCUCUUAAAGAAUCACAAGACAUCAAGGAAACUGAAAAACCAAAGAGUCAAAUUCAACCUCGCUCUGAAAGCCCAUUAACAGAUACUCAGAACUUACUUAUUCGACUCAAUAAUUUGGAUACAAAAGUGAAAAAUGUUUCUAGUUUAGCUGGAUUUUCAGACCAAAAGAUUGGUCAGAGAGAUAAUUUGGAAAAACCAAAGAUUUUUUUACAAAUUACGAAUGACAGUGAAGAAAGUGGUCCUGAAGAGUGGAAAACUUUAUCUUUGAAUAAUAGUUUUUGUGACUUGGGUGAAUUAGAAGCAGAGAAAAAUGACAAAAUGCAACCUCAGUCACUCUCUGAAUGUGUUCACUUCAUUUCUGAGAAAAUCCAAUCUUUAGGUUUCUGGUUUCAUAAUAUUUUAUAUCUUCUGCAUACACAAGGAAAGGAAGUUGAUAGCAGCAUUAAUAAGGAAUUAAAGCAUCUUGUAAAAACUAUUGAUAAUUUAUCUCAUAAUGGUUUUGAAAAUACACACAUCAACUCGGAUAAAAGAAUGUUAUUAGAUGUGGUGUAUCGACUAAUCUUUUUUUGUGAAGUUGUAAAAGCCAUAGACAGACUUACUGACUUUGAUAUGUCUAAAAGGAAAGAUUUAAUUGAGGAAAUAAACCAUGUAAGUCAUUGGCUGUCAACCCUAGAAAAAAAAUGGUCUUCAUUAGAAGCUACAUCUAAAGAGGUUAAUGAAGAAAUAAAAAGAACUUUGUUUGGUUUCCUUAAAGAUUUUCUUCUGGUUAAACAUAGAAGUGAUCUCGUAGCAGCAGAGCAGGUUGAUGCUUCUUGUGACGGCAUCCAAUAUGAUAGCUUCAGUAUAACUUCUGAACUAGAAAAUAUAGAAGAACAGUUUUUACACAUCAGUGAGGCCUUCAAUACUAACAGAGCUGAUAAUUUAUCAACUCUUUUGUCUUCCCUUAAAAACAUCUCUGAUAAUGAAUUAUGCGAAAUACAACCACUCAGAUGUAAAGAAGCAUUUGUCACUGAGAAUAGAGCUAACCAACUAUCAGUCAAAAGAACCAUUAAUGAAGAAUUACUUUCAGAAAAUCUCCUCCAUGUUGUCACAGAAACCUGUGAAAAAUACCUAAGAUUAAUAGCCCAUCAAAGAAACCAACAAAUCAAUUUACUGCACUAUGAUCAAGAGUCAUUUGACCUUUGGUAUAACCUAAUUGAUAAGUCUUUGCAAAAAGAACAGAAAAUAUUUUCAAAUGAACUGAAGACUGGUUUAUCGAAAGUGGAAUCUUUACAUGAGUUAGAAUUGAAAUGUUCUCUUAGCCAAGAAAUUUUGACGAAAAUUACUGACUUAGCAAAUCUUACAGCUUUCAGUGGCAUUAUACAUGGUUCUAUUGCAUAUCUGAAGAGCAAAGCCGAAGUCGUAAUUAGUAAUUCAAAAACUCGAUUUAAUACACAGGAAAGUUCUGGAAUAGAAGAAAAACAGUGGAUAACUUACUUGAGGGAUAAUUUGUAUCAACGAGUAGUUCUUUGUGUAUUACCACAGACUUCCCACAGUUGUGUAGCUCAGGUAAAUGAGAAAUGUUUGGAAAACAUUGCUAAACAGAGUGCUUCCAGAGAGGCUAAUCUACAGAAAUGCUUUCAUGAAGAUUUAACUGAAGAGAAAAGUAGUUAUGAACAAGAUCUGUCCCAAUUACAAUUGACAACUUUGCAACAACAACAGAGACAGCAGUUUGAAGAAGGGUGUUCUACUUGCCAAGAACUCAGAGAAGAAAUUUGUCAGUUACAGGCACAGCUGGACAUAUUUCAGGACUCAGAACAAAUAAUGAAACAACACCAAGAGGAAAUAGAGAGUCUUAAAUCAAACCAUCUUGCUGAAGUGGAAGCCAUAAAAAAAGAAAUGCGUGAGCUUAUUGAGAAGCAGGAUAAACUCCACACUGAGAACAUCUCUGAACUUCAAAGUGAACUGCAACUUUCUCAGAAGCAUUUGAAAUAUCUUGAGCUGGAACAUGAGGAACAGAUGAAGAGCAUAAUUGAGAGUUACCACCACAAACUUGAAACAAAACAUGAUGUCAUCAGCGAGGAGGCCAUACGAAGACGAUACCAGUCGGAGAUUGAACAGUGGAAGGGUCUCUCUGAAAAAGGACUGAUAGCAAUGGAAAACUCAUACAAGCGAAUGAUAUCAGAUAUGCAGAAAAAACAUCAAAUGGAACUUAAACAACUGGAGAAUGAAAAGGAGAAGGUUUUAGCAGAAGAAAUUCAGGCAACUAGAGCAGCCCUUGAUGCUAUGAGAAAAGCUCAUAAAGAAGAACUUCAACGAGAAAUUGCUAAGUUUAAGGAAGAAUUUUUUAAGCAGACAGAACGGCCAUGCAAUGUGGAGAGUCAGUAUAAAGAACAUGAGGCAGAACUUGAAGAGAUUAAGCAAGAAAUACUUGCACUGUGUGAAAAAUACUCCAUUAAAUGUUUGGAAAAUGCCUCAUUAAAGGAGAAUUUGGAAAUGCUUAGUAAGCAACUUGAAAAUACCAGCUAUCAGGUGUUUGAUUUAAUUGCCCGAAACAAACAGCUACAAGCCAUGUUGACAUCAGAAGUAGCUGAGAAGAAAAAAGAAGUAUCUCAAGACAACGAUAACAAAAAUUUGGAAAGGUUAAAGCAUCUUUUAAAUCUUGAUGAACCAAAAGAUGAGAAUGGUGACCCUCUGCAAAAGCUUGACUUAACAAAACAUAAAGAGAAAAGGACAGUAGUGGAUACAAAAGGACAGAGACAAGCCUUGCCUCUCACCGUUAUCCCAGUCAGAAGUAGUGGCACAUUCUCUAGAAGAACUUUUGAAUCAAAACCUAGAUGAUGAUGUUCUGUAGCUGUUUGGCUCAAGAGUUGAUGAGAUCUUCAAGCAGUCAUGAGUUAGAUGGACUUCCAAGUUUCAAGAAGUGGCAGAUUCUGUCUUCUCGGCACUCAUAACAAGACUGAAAAAAAUCACUAAGAUAAUUGAAAUAUAAUGUGCCUUUUGUUUGGUAAUAGUUUAGAUAGUUGUAACGGGUAACUGUACAGAUUGAAGUUAUGUAGAGUAUUAUAAUGAUUGACGUAAAAAAUGCUUUAAAAGGGAUGGAAAUUUAAUUUUCUUAAAAGCAUAGAAAGAUAAUGUUGACUAUAGAAAAAAAAUAUUUGUAUGAAAUUAUGAACUAAGAAUUUCAGACGCACAGCAGCUUUCUUCUGUAUAUGUGUACAGUUCUUCAAGUAGACUUACAUUUAGUAAAUAAACUAAGAAAAGUAAUUAUAGCGUAGAUAUGAAAAUUAUGACAUAUAAUAGUUGAUAUACAUAUAUAUGUAUGUAUCCUUUAUUUUUAUCGUGUCACCUUCUCUUUUGAAGUGUUGGAAGAAGAUCAGCAUGUAGUGGGGCACUACUUAUGUCAAAACUAAUAAAGAAAAGCUAUAACGAUCUCUCGUA